AUGAGUAGUAUCGCCGAUGUUCUCGUCGACCACGGACACGAUGUUGUUGUUUUUCAGCCGCAAAUUAUUGAAUCGCUCAGAGAAAAGAAGGUGAUAAGAAAUGCAAAAGUGAAGGUUGGUAGUGCUUGGGUAUCUUUAUCUUGUGUCCAGCGUCAUCUCAGAUUGUCAACUAUGAGGCUGACGAAAAUGGAAAAGAGUUCUACCGUACUCGUCCUAAAAGUACGGUCACAAAGUACUGGACCACAAACCAGGCGGCCACUCCAUCCGCAGCUGAUCAGUUCGCAGUGACUAUGAGCAAAGAUUUGGAGCACAUGUGCUUACGUAGGCUAUAAUCAUUAUUGUGGGGAUAAGUAGUGAGUGUAAUUUUCAGAAAUGUUCCGCGACAAAUCUCUCCACGAGCAACUAAAAUCGGAAAAUUUCGACGUCAUCAUUGCAGAGCCAUUUGACCCAUGUGGACUUUGUAACUCUUAUAAUACUUCCAAUGCUGGAUGCACUCCAAUGUCUUUCAGAUCUCGGCGACUUUCUUCAAAUUCCGUCGACCAUCGUGGCGAUGGCUUCGUCCAGAAUUGACCCAGUUCAAUGGGCAGUCGGACAACCGUCCGGCCUUAAUUUCAUUCCGGGCCCUGGAAGCAGAUACGGCCCCAAGUCGACUAUCUGGGACCGUGUGAACAACAUUUGGAUGUUCAUGAUGAGGACUCGAAUGUUCCGAACUGUUUACUGGAACCUUCUCGACACUCUUCGUGCUGAUACCGGACUGCAAAUCAAACAUAUUGACGUUGGUUUUGAUGCUGGAGUAGUUUUCAAUGGUAUCGACACUUUUUAGGCAAUCGUGGCGGACAGUGCAUACUUGUUUUUCAACUCGAAUCCAUAUCUCGAUUUCCCAUUUCCCUCUCUUACCAAAUGCGUUCCAAUAGGAGGAUUCUCAAUGAAUUUGACCAGAUGGAAGAGUGAGAAACUGCCAGAGUACUUGGAGAAAGUACUGGAAACACGACAGAAAACUGUGUACAUUUCGUUUGGUUCGGUAAUCCGAUCAGCCGAUAUGCCUGAAGAUUACAAGUGAGUUAGGACCGUUUCACGUCUUUAUUCAAAUGUUUGAAGGAAUGGAUUGAUUGAGACGUUCAAAUCGCUGCCUGAAGUUUCGUUCGUUUGGAAAUACGAAGAAGAUGACGAGGAAUUCAAGAAGCGACUUCCCGAAAACGUUUACUUGGGAAAGUGGCUUCCACAGCCGGCGCUACUCGGUUAGUUGUUGACCAAAGUUAAUGUUGAGCACUUUUGAAGAACACCCUGUAAUUUCAGCUGACAAUCGAGUGAACCUGUUCGUCACUCAUGGUGGAUUGGGAAGUAUCAUGGAAGUUGCCUAUUCCGGAAAGCCAUCUAUUGUAGUCCCACUGUUUUUCGAUCAACCAAUGAACGGAGAAAUGUUGGCAAGGCAUGGAGGCGCGGAAGUCUAUUCGAAGUUCGACCUUCUUGACUCUGUGAAGAUUACGGAAGUGCUGAAAAGAAUAUUGUACAGCUCUGAAUACCAAGUGAAUGCUGAGAGACUAUCAGAACUGCUACGAAAGCAACCGAUCGACCCGAUUGAACGUCUUGUAAAGCACGCGGAGUUCGCGUCCGAGUUCAAGAAGCUCCCGGAGCUGGAUCCGUACUCCCGUCACCUUUCUUUCGCCCAGUACUUCUUCCUAGACAUCCUGGCAGUUUUCCUGAUUCUCGUGCUCAUUUUUGUUGUUUGUUCUAGGCUUCUUUUCUCUGGUUUCUCACGUUUGCCACACAGUUCUAAGCCGAAAAAUGAGUAGAAAAUGAAAAUACACUCUCAAAAAUAAGCUGCAUUUGUGUACCUAUUUUUCAAAGAACAGUUGGUGCAAGAGUUCAAAGUAUGUCGCGUGGGAGAGAAAGUCUCAAGAGUCCACGAGGUUCUUCAGAAAAGUGAUAUCAUUUGUGUAAAAGUAAAGUGAACAGAUGUUGAUAUACAGUUUCUUUGACAAACAAACAAACAAAUGGACUGCAGUGUUUUCCAACUAUUUAUGUGCUCGGCGACUGUCUCGGCUCACCGCCGCAAAACAACGUUGAAUUUGUACCAGUUAGUAAAGAGGAAGUUUAUUUGAGAUUCAAUAAGGUUAACAAAGAUUAUAUCGUUAAUGCUGAGUUGGUGUUCUGAUGAAUUUCAAUCACAUUGGAUGUGCCGGUGAACUGUUCCUCAACUGAUCUCCUCUAUUGUUAUCAUCUUGAGUGAGUCACAUCGCAAUCAAGAGUCCGUGGCCAGUCCACUCUCCGGAACUCCCCCAUCCGAGACCCCUGGCCGAUCGUCCCCUGUACUUGUACAUUUACAUAACUCCCACUCACCUGACCCGCUUAAGAGCAAGUGCGACUUUUUCCAGAAACAACAUUUACCGAAAACCCGUCGACUUGAAUCCGCCACUAGGUGGUUAUUGUUUGGUUAUUCGAAGACACAUUUCUCUAUUCGUUUCCUUGAGGCUCCUCCCUCGCUCCGUAUAAAUAGAGAACAGGACAAAUAACCACUACUUACUCGUUCCCUAUUCACUUCGAUCAUCGGGAAACCAAAAAGUCAUCGACUAAUGGGCAAACUCCUUAUUUUAGCCGCUUUACUUGUAAUAUUCAUUCCAUUCGGAAGAGCUGAACUGACGAACGACAGUUAUUAUGACUAUUUGGAUGUUCUCGGAAGUACAAAUGUAUCUUUGUACGAGGGAAUGCCUUUUGACGAAGAAUUAUGUGGUGCCGAGGAGUGUUUGAUCAAUAAAACAUGGACUUCUGAUGGUACCGUGUAUCACAUAGCCUUCCAAUCCAAUAUUAUCCACUUCCAGAAAAGUGUGCGUACAUCAAGUGUAACCCAGAUUCUUGCGAAGGAGGCGGAUAUCUGCAGUGGUCCCAGUACGUCAAGUGUCAGUACAACAUCGGAGUCAGGGUUGUGCUCAUCAUUCUUGGCAUAAUCUACCUGAUCAUCCUCUUCAUUAUCAUGUCCUCAAUUGCCGACGACUUUUUCUGUCCGGCAAUCUCUGGAAUAGUUAAGCAUCUGCGAAUGAGCGAAUCCAUUGCUGUUAGUCUGAAACUUCUCCAUCUUUAUCACUUUUUUGUCUUCAGGGAGUAACAUUCCUCGCGUUCGGAAACGGCGCCCCGGACGUUUUCAGUUCCAUCUCGUCCGUUUUGACCAGUCCCACCCCGAAAGCAGAUCUAGCUCUUGGCGAUCUCUUCGGUACCAGCAUCUUUGUGACUACCGUAGUCCUGGCUAUCAUAAUUCUCACAAAAUCUUUCCGAGUUGCGGUUAGUUCACCUAUAGCGGCAAACUAAAAAGUUGAAAAGUUCAGAUAAUACCAACACUUCGCGACUUGAUUUUCUAUAUGAUAACUCUGGCGUUUAUCGUUUUCUGUUUCAUCAAGUUCGAUAAAAUCGAGGUUUGGAUGCCUGCAAGUGAGCGAAUUGAAAUUUUUCCAGCCAUAAGACCAAGGUUUCAGCGUUUCUGGGGAUCUACGGUGUCUACGUAGGCACAGUUAUUCUGCUCAGUAUUCUGCGAACCAGACGGAAGAAGAAAAGGAAUCCGAAGAAGCAGAGGAAAGAAGAAGAAGAAGAAGAAGAAGGAGAGAACAGCUCCCGUCCUUCGAGUUCUGCUUCCACUUCUUCGAUCUAUGGAGCCAUGCGGCUCAAGGAAGAACGAAUAUCGCUUUCGGCUCUUUUCCACUUCAUGAUCGGAUAUUCACAAUUCAUCAGAAACUUGAACACGGCCAACCGGAGAAAACAGAAAAUAGAAGAGAACAACGAGAACGGAGGGUACGUGAACAGAGGAUUCACUGCCGAACUGGAAGCACCUGAUAGCGUUGAAAUGAGCGACGAAGAGAGUGGAGACGAAGGAAGAGAAGAGGAAUUCGUUUACGCGCACGGAACAGUCUACACUUCUCACGAUCAAGCGAGCAUUGCAGCCACCGAACUCGAGACGGUCGAGGUGAAGACGUGGAAGUCGUGGGAUUGGGUGUGGGAUCUUCUGAAGCAUCUCAAGUCUUGGCCGAGUUGCGAGGAGUUUCGCGAAAUGAACGUUUUGGUGAAAAUUGUGGCGAUUGUGAAGGUGAGGUAUUCUUCCAACAGUUCCAAAUAUUAUCUGUUUUUAGAUAGUUCCAAUGUUUUUCAUGAAGAUGACGAUUCCUUCGAAUGAAAUGAGCUGGUGCAAGCCACUCUUCAUCCUCCAAUCGUUCACUUCCAUUCAAUUCGCUCUUUUCUCAAUUCAAAGUAACGAUAAUCCGCCGCCGAUCUUCUGCUAUUAUCCUUUUUGCAGUCAUCAGCAAUGUUCCGUUCAAGGGAAGUCCCGGUCUCUGGCUUUACGGUCUCGCCUUUUCGGUCAUCCUGGCGCUCAUCGGAAUGUAUUUUCUUCCGCUGCACAAAGAUCAAAAGUACUACAAGGAAGCGUACUCCUACCUCGGCUUCCUCAUGUCAAUAGCAUGGAUUUACGCGACGUCGAACGAAAUUGUGGGAGUGGUGACCAUGAUCGGAGUGGUGACGGGGCUCUCGAUGGAACUGCUCGGACUCACGAUCAUGGCGUGGAGCAAUUGCAUCGGAGACAUUGUCGCCGACAUCGCCGUCGUUAAACAAGGCUUCCCGAAGAUGGCCAUGGCUGCAGCGAUCGGAGGACCUCUUUUCAGUUGGCCCAUCGUCCUCGCCUUACAAACUUGAUCCGUUUCAGAUCUUCUCAUAGGGUUCGGCCUUCCCUUCACCAUCGCAGCUGCUCAGGGCAAGGAAAUAGAGCUGCAGAUCAACCCGGUCUACCGUCUUCUGAUGCUCUUUUUGGCCAUCUCACUCGUCACCACCUUCGUCGCCCUUUUCAUCGAACGGUUCACGGUCCGAUGGCCGCACGCAGUCGCUCUCAUCUUCAUUUUUGCCACUUUCCUGAUCUUCAUCUGUCUCGCCGAGUUCCAUGUUCUUGAGUGGAAGUAG